GAUGCCACCGCCUCUGCUCCGGUGUGUGCACAGCGUUGCUCUCAUCCCAGUGGCCCCCAGGAGCCCCGCCACGAUCUGUGAUGACAACCAGCUGUUCAUAUGUCAUCUCGAGUUUAGCCGACAUCUGACAUGUAUGCUCAUGUAUCAUCUCUUACUCAAGCACAUCUGGUCACUUCGCAGCGCAUCCGAGCAGCAGGGUGAAGGACAGCCGCUGCGCUCCCUCCGCCCUCAAUCACCCUCCGCUAUUGGCCAGCGCACACCGGCUUCAUUAUUCCAGUCUCACGGAUGCGAGAGACACUCACUCAGCGCGCGGAUGAGAGUGAUUCACGCACAACUUUGGGUUUAUCGCUACGGGAGGGACCUGUUACGGAAGCCCCGGGAACGCACGGCACAUGCAUGAGAGCGGCACACGCGAGCGGUUCCCCGGUUUAGUUGGGGACGCAGGAGAGAAGCGCAGCGACGAUGGGACGCUUUGGGAAGAAAGGACGAUACUCCUGCUUUGGCUUCCUCGCGGUCCUGGUUCUCUUGCUGCCCUAUGCGAAGGCAAGAGGGUCACGUGAUGGUCUCUCAGCGAUGUCUGGAACGCUGCCUCACUUUCUGCAGGAGCCCGAUGAUGCGUACAUUGUCAAAAGCAACCCCAUCAAGCUACGCUGCCGUGCACGGCCCGCCCUCCAGAUCUUCUUUAAAUGCAACGGGGAGUGGGUCCAUCAGAACCAACACACUUCUUUGGAGCACAUUGAACUAGGAACUGGAUCAGAAGGCUCACAAGGAUGGCACAGACCUCCCACUGCUUAAAGAGCUCAAAGCCAACAGUCGGACAAUAUUCACACACGCAAACACACAGCUGCAGCCUGACUGCUGCCAGCAGUAGGAGAGGGAUCAGAUCUGUUGGUCUCUGCCAAGCCCUGGGAGAGCAAGGACACUUUGGAUGUUCCAUCACUGGACGUGCAGAUCCAGACACUGAGACAUUGUUACUGUUGUGAGAUGCCGAUUUGGUUCUUCUAAUCUCUCCCAGAACUCUCCUGUGCCACUAAGCCACAAGCCAGAUCCCAGGACUGACACACACACACACACACACACCAGUCUCCAAAUGCUGGAACAGAAAAAGAAAGGAAAGGGGGAUGAGGACCAUGGGCGAGCAAAGCCACCACUGACUCUCUUGGAGACUAGAGGCCUUCCAACUCUGAAACUGGCGUGAAACGUACACCAGGGAUGAAGACAUGAGCCUGUCUGGAAACAAGAGAAGGAAUACAUGAAUGUGUUGGGAUCAGGAAUUAGAGGAUGAAGAAAAAAGGAAAUGGAUUUUUUCUCUCUCUUGCAUGGAAGCUAGGAUAUUUUAGAGGUCAAACACAGUAUAACAGUAGCAUAAUUUUACAGUUCAGUAUACAUAAAUAGUAAAUAGUGUGUCUGUAUAUGUGUAUAUAUCAGUGGUGUUCUGAAAUGGAGGCAAAGUCCUUUUUUAUCACAUGUACAGUAAAUUCCUGUCCCAGUCAUUUGUUCUUGGUUAAAUAAACAUUA